GCGCGGCCCACCUUAGCAACCGGUUGCGACACCAACGGGCACGAGACGUGACGCGCGCGCGACGUUGCCGCUCCGUGCAGUCGCCACGAGCACGCCCCGCGAACGACACGAUGCCGCUCCCUUUUAACAAAAACCUAGAUAUAAAACUAGUAAAAUUAGUCAAAGAAAACUCCAUUUUAUAUAACACAAGACAUUCGAAAUAUCUAGACUUUGAUGCAAGGGAAGUCGUUUGGCAAAAGAUCGGGGAUUCACUCGGCAGGCCAGCUCUAGUCUGCAAAUCGCGAUGGAUCAACAUACGAGACAUGAUGCGACGCAAAAUCCGGGAUCGCCUGCGCAACCCUAACGCACACAGCUACAAAUACAAGUACGAGGAUGAGCUGGGCUUCAUGAUACCCUACUUCAAGGAGUCAGCAGGCGCCCCACCAGCCUCCGAAGAAUACACCGAGUUCUUAGAAGACGAAGCCUGCGAAGUCGAAAUGCCAGCCGAAGUCUUUGUCGACGAAACACUGGAUUUCGAAGAGCCUAGAGAAACUAAACCCAUAUUUAGGAAACGACAAGAAGAAGCAAAUACGUCUCGAGAGUUCUCUGAAUCUAUGUUCCAAGAGUUAAGUCCUACUGAUCCUUUGGACGUGUUUCUUUUAACUAUAGGGUCGACUUUAAGGAAGUUUAGUCCAUAUUACUUGAACCAGGCGAAGAGUAAGAUAUUUCAGGUGGUUCAAGACUAUGAGCUGCAGCAGAUUGUCAAUAAGGAUGACCAGGCUCCGGGCAGCAGUGAUACCACUAGAUUAUAAGAUUAAGUUAGAUUAGAAAUAGAUUAAGACUUUAAGACCAAGUUCACCGAUAACAUAAGCGUCCGUUUUUCUUGAAACAAUUGUUUACUUUGAAAUAUAAACUUUGAAAUUAAGUUAAGACGUUUGUUUUAAUAAAACUGAUGUUUAUGUUUUUAGUGAACUUGAGCAAGUGUUGUAUUAAGUUAGGAAAUAAAUAUUUUUUUUAGUAUUUGA